GAGCGCGCUUCUCUUCCGGUGUGUCGGACAUAAAACCGCGAAUUGACUGUUGGAAUAUGGUGUCCAUGAUGACAACUUGAAAAUCCCAACUGCAGUCAGAGGCGAUAGUACCUGCUGGAACCAGUUCGGUGAGAAUGAAAGCGGGUCCGGCUCGGUUCGGGAGCCGCCUGGCGGGGUAGCGCCCUCCCGGCCGCCUGGCUAGCAUGAACUGUGGCGGCCGCCGCUUUUGUUUACAUCCAGUCCAGAUGAUGGUGAUGAUGGGCCCGGAGAGGCGUGUUGGCUAACCCCGCUACUCGCGCUGCUUCCAGGGAAGGUGUCAUCGGGGAACCCGCUGUGUUCGGACCGGGUCGGUCCGUCCAAACCGCCGCCGCCUGAAGGUGAUGGACGUGUCCUCUCAGGACCCACCUCUCAUGGCCAUGGACCUAUCGAAGAGCUACACUCCGCUGACCCGCAGCCGCACCGAAGCCACAGAUCUGGUUAAAAAGCCUGAGUGGUACCACCGACGGCCGGCGACCUGCAGCACAGACGGUACCUCUGCGUACAGAUCCUCGUCCUCCUACAGCCCGCUCUCCCAGCAGGGGGUCCCUGUCCGCUGCAGAGACAUGGAGCAGGGCCCAGAGUCUCUGGGCAGCUACAUAAGCUCUACUGUGGCUCCGGGUCUGGAUCUUUUUCACAGCAGAACACAUGGCAACCUGUGGCACGGUGGUUACUACGGAGCCGACCAAAGCGGGGGUCCGGUUCCCGAAAGCAGCGGCGCAGAGGAGAGCGACAGCGGCUCUGACGUCAUCUUCCUGGUUUCUUCCGCGAAGGAGCCUCUGUUGUGUGGCUCUUUCAUCCAGGACAGCGUGAGGCACAUCGUGGAGCCCGUUUCCCCUGCCAUGUCCUCGUUGGACGAAGGACGAGGUUGCUAUCUCCUACCUCAGCCCAUGAGCUCUCCGAGUGCCGACAGCUCGUACUCGGAGGACUCGUCGGACAGCUCAGUAGACAUUCCAGUGCAUCAUGCCAGACCCGUAGUCCUCCUUUCAGACCUCAACACCGUUUACGGACACCCUGGUGAAUCGGUCGCGGAUGCUUCAAGUGACGACAGCGACGUCAUUGAAGUUUCUGUCACGAACCGUAAGAAGGAAAGGCAAUGCUACAAGAAAAGUCCGCCUAAAAUAAAGAGUGAGGGGGAAAGAGCGUCAUCUAGAGAGGUACGGCGCAGUUCCAGAGUAAAAAAAUCUGAGUCAGACAUGCCUCGGUUAACCUGCACCGUGUCACGGCACAGCUUGAGAAGACGCGUCAAAAAUGACGCAGUGGGUAUUUAUAACGAAAGCAGUGACUCUGAGGACUUGAUCGAGUACGCUCUGAAGUUUUCCAGCUCUGAAGAAUCCGUCUCGCAGCCAAACCUUCCACAGAAAGCGAGCAGCCAUUCAACGGAACCCACCGGGAACGUCCAAACUGACAGGAAGUCUCCUCCGAAGGAAGCUCAAUUCACAAAACUAAUAAAUUACAAACGAAAAAAGACUCUCAGUCUUCCUAAAACUAGAAAGGUUCAAAAAGCAAAGCAGAAGCCGAUCUGCAGCAUCGCCCCAGCGGAGCAACAGACGGUUUCUGACAGUCAGACCACAGCAGGGAAAAAACGGGUUGCGAGGCGAAAAAGGAAAAGGCGCCCACAGACCGGGCCUUCUGCGCCGUUUUCUCCCAGAGAACCUGAAAUCCUGCUCAAAUAUGCAAAGUCCAAGUAUAAAAAGGACAGAAAACCUGCCAGCUUCUGCCCAUUUGUCCACAUGGAGCAGCAGCUGUGCAGGGUGGUCAACUACCAGGACGACGAAGGGACGAUUCCCAGCAGCAAAGGAUGGAAGACCGUCUCCAAAUCCGUGUCUGGGUUUGUCCCCUGCACGUCCUGCUUCCAGCUGGGUCGGCCCAGCUCUGAUGGCGGCGGUCCGGACCAGCUGCUCUGCUGCCUGUGUGGGUGGACGGCCAACACCAUGGGCCUCGGCGACCUCCACGGCCCCUACUGUCCCGCCGUCACUUCUAUAGACGGUCAGACGUGCAGAACUGAUCAGAACGACGACCUGCAGAAACUCUCCAAUGGCCAUUUGCCAAACUCCUCUGAGGACGACUGCACUCCUGAUAAAACUUUGCUCAAAAGCGAGAAAGUCUCUCCCACUAAGGUGCCUCUUCGUCUAUGCGAGUGCUGGAUCCACGAGGACUGCGGCAUCUGGUCCGCCGGCGUCUUCCUAGUCCGGGGAAAGCUGUACGGCCUGGAGGAGGCCGCCCAGAUCGCACAGGAAACGAUCUGCUCCAGCUGUGGUCAGCCUGGGGCCAUAAUGGGAUGUUUCCAGAAGGGCUGCCUGAGGAAUUAUCACUACCCAUGUGCCCUUCAGUCAGGCGCCGUGCUCAACGAAGAAAACUUCUCCAUGAGAUGCCCAGAGCACAAGAAUAAAACGUUCCCAGCUGCAGCCAGACAAGACAAGAGAUGACAGUGACGACGUGCGGCGCCUUGGAGGUUUGGAGAAUGCUCCACCGAUCUCCUCAGGGCACGGCGGCGGCCAUGGCGGCGGCCAUGACGGUGGGAGUGGCUGCAGCUUCACCUCAGUGUUCUGAGGAAGCGGAGCGGCGGCGGCGUUUCAGGCCAGGCGAAGCCGCUUCGCCUGUCAUGACUGAAUCAGGGUCCACUUUAUUUAUUUCUGGAUAUUUUGACUUUUGUUCGGUUCUUUUGUUCGGUUCCUCUGGUUCCUCUUUGCUCUCCGUUUCUCUCCGGGGUGAACCGGCUGCGUUUGGACAUCCUCACUUCAACUAGCUGCUAAAACCAGUUUAUUAUUUGAACAUAGGUAUUAUAUCAGAGUUUUAUUGAUCUCUUGGAUAACAGGCCACUUUUCUACAAGUUUUUGUACGACUUUUUUAAUCCUUCUAGUGGUUUGUCCUGUUCGUUUUCCUCCUUGAUGCAUGCACAGCUCAUAUUUGCUACAAUGCACUUUAUUACAGUUUUCUAUCAGUUAUUUAAA